AUGCCUGGAACCUUUCACUCAAUCGUUGCUAAACUCGAAGUACCUCGUUUAUUCGCGUGGACGGAGGAGGAUGGGAACAUUGCAUCGCUCAUCUCUGAACCAGGAUUUGGAUCAACAGGACAAACGGCUUUUGAAAAAGAUCUUGACGCUGCCCUCAGUAAAGACAUGAAGGAAGCUGAUGCUAGCUCUACGUUCGAAUCUAUCAAGAAUGGACUAACGUUUCAAAAUAAGCCUUACAACUCGUCUCUGGUGUCGUCUACUUCUUUAGGAAAUCCUGCAACAAGUUCCUCGAGUUUGUUGACUGGUGGGACUAAAGGUCGUAACAAUCACAAAGUCGACAAAGCUGACCCUCGCUCGAGAUACCACUACGUUAAGUACGUUAAAAGACACGGUCGGACAGUGAAACUGUGGGAAUGUGGUAUAUGUGGUAGAGAAUUCCAACACCAAUACACGUUAAUGCGACACUUACCAACACACACCGACGAGAGGAACUUCCAUUGCGACGCGUGCUCCAAGAGCUUUCGGCAGCUCUCCACUCUGAGUCAACAUCGCGCCAUACAUUCCGCUGCCAGACCUUACUCCUGUGAGGUAUGUUAUAAAACGUUUAAUCGUGUAUCGACUCUCAUCUCCCAUCGCAAGACGCAUUCCAAUGAAAAACCUUACAAAUGCCACCUCUGUCCCAAAGGCUUCCACCAAAAAGGUAACCUUCGCAAUCAUCUGUUUACUCACACGAACGAGCGUCCAUAUCGCUGCAACAUCUGCAUGAAGGGAUUCAACCAGCAAUCGAAUCUCGUCUGUCAUAAGAAUAAGGCGCAUCCAGACGAAAAUUUUGUAAAUAAUUCUAAAAAUAGCAACACUGUGAGAGCUCUCCGACCUACUACAGAGACUCAAGCUGACUCUACGAGACCAUCUACAGAACAAUGUGAAGUAACUUCAACAGUACCAUUUAUACCCCUAGAACCACCGAUGCUUUGGCCGAAACCUUCUUGGGAUAUAUCCAAAUUAGAUUGGGAUAUAUGUAAUGAGAACCCAUGGGGAAGUAAUGGGGUAAUUGUAGACCCCAUAAAGACUUAUCAUAUGGGAGUGGCUCUAGCUACAAGACAAACCCCCUUCGCACUAUUAAAAUCGGAUAAUAAUACACCAGUUUUAGUAAAAGUGGUUGAUACUAAACUGCCUGGUGGAAAACAAAUGCUAGUGCCUGCAACUGCAGAAGAUUUGAAAAUUGGUGGCAAAAUAAUUCUGAAUAGCGAAGAUAAUUCUACUGAGUCAGAAGUGAUAGACAUAGAGUCGCCGCCAGCGGACACGGCGGUGCAGAUACGAGUGCCGGUGGUGGCCACGGUCGUGCCCCGCAUGCGGCCCGGCGUCGGGCUGCAGCUGUCCGUGGAGGAACCGCAUCAUGCGUACACUUUGGCUAAUGGAAACGGAAGUUCAACAGGUUGCACCAUUACACCGUCGACGUCAACUGGAAGCACGCAACGUCUUGAGUCUAACAGCUAUGAUCAUAAUAUAAAACCUGGUCGCGCUUGUACGCCGCCCGCGGACCUCAUUUCGCUUGACCUCUUCGAACCAAUGGGAUGUAUUCCUCUAGGCCCACAAAUAACUACAGCGGACAACAUCGACCAAGCCUCUAAUGAUUCAGAUAUUUUCAUCAGGAAAUUGGAAGAAAGCGUUCCUUUAUCGGAUUCUGAC